GUACCCUACUGUGACAUAUUCUGUCUUGCUGGGAAUCAAAUACCAGAUUACUAUUGUACACUACAGUACAAUAAAUAUGGGGAAAAGAAAGAAGUCAAGCAGACAGCCCCAAGGUCCGAAAAAGAGGGAGCCCUUGGCUACCACCUUUUCAUGUUUGUUUUGCAAUCAUGAGAAUUCAAUUAUCGUGAAGCUCGAUAAGAAGUUAGGCUUGGGCAACCUUUCUUGCAAGGUGUGCGGCCAACGCUUCCAGACAGGGAUAAAUUAUCUCUCUGCCCCCGUUGAUGUAUAUUCGGACUGGGUUGAUGCUUGCGAUGCCGUCGCUAAAGAUACCGCUAAUUAUUACGGAACUCAUGAUACCAAAGGGGCACGGUUGCAAAACGCGUCUACGUCUCCCGAUCCUCCAAGAGAACACGAUGAAAGAUUGGGCGAGGAUUAUUGAUUUCAGCACUGGUGAUUCAAGAUAUAUAGAUAUAAUGAAUCACGGUGUUAUUAGCGAUCGGUCUUGAUAUUUUUAACGCGGAAUGUGUUAGAUGUUUGUUAAGUAAUUGCCGAUAAAUAUAAAUUUGCAAAAGCAGUUGCCAUGAGCGCAGUAGCCAGAGAGGAAAGUCAUGUAUCCAUGGGACCAUGGGAGCCAUCAUCCAGAGCCAUUUCGGCCCAAUAGUUAGGUAAAUAGGCAUUCCCUCGCAAUCGAACAUUAAUCUGGGGGAAAAAUAUUGACCUAGCGCGAGGGCGUCUUGUUUCUAAAAUCAAAACCGCGUGCCCUUGGAAGAACGUUGAGAGCCUAUAAUGUAUAAUAUCUGUCGCCAAAAUCACCCAGGCCAGGAAUUAUG